AUGACAUCGAUGUUGAAAAAAAACCCUUUGAAAGAGAUAGUAGUUAAAGCUGUACUGGAUGCUCUUAGAAUAAAGCAUCAAAGUGGGGCAUCGGUAAGAACAUUUGAGGAUGUUUUGGAGUACGGAAAGAAACUGUUCUUUCUUUCUCUAAACGAGGAUGUGGAUGUCGAGGUUUUGACAACCUUAUGGCCAAAAAGUUGGAACGAUGUAAAGUUGCUUUUAAAAGAGCAGGGAUAUGAAGAUGUUAAAGAAUUCCUUGUUUGUUUCUGUUUUGAGGAAAAGGAAUCACAAAAGAUGGAAAAACUACAAAGAAAACUGUCUACCAUGGCACAUACAGCAUCGUGGAUAGCAAACAAGGAAAAUGUCCUUACUGUGGUAAUGCAGGUUACAUAA